AGUGGCAGCAUUGCCGGUCAUAACAUCACACUGCGGGAUUCAGUUGGGGUUUAACAGCCACUCGGGACGGUACAGCUGUCGCAAGAACUUUUAGGCAAGAGAGUAGUGCUAGCCAAACACAUUUGAAAACCGCAAAACACAGUGUGCCAGCUUAAGCUUUGUUAUUCUUGUGAUUUUGUUGUUGUUGUUAUUAUUAUUGUUUCCUCACUGAACCGGGGACCAAAUAUAUAUCGAACGAAUUCUCAACGGAGUGUGUUUUUUCGCCACCGAGGCGUCAAUGCUGAUUUUUGGUCGUAUACAAAUCAGUGCCGUUCAUCAAAUCACAUUUGAUAUUGAAAACAAUUUUCUGAACUCAUUCAUUGAAUUUGCGUAAACGUCGGUGGUGACGACCGCGGGACUGACCAAUUGUGAUUGACAGUGCAGACAAGUGUACAGUGCGACUGAAAAGUGUUCGUGUGUGUGUGAACAUUUAAUACAAUUUUGACGCGCGUGACGUAGUACCCUAGAGUACCCAAGUGUUAAAAGGCCGCAAGUCAUAACUGUGAAUAGUGAACUGGGAGCAUUUAGUUUGAAGCGCGUUUUGGAAAUUGAAACGCUUGUCAUAAACAAAUUAUCAAUUGUUGUUGUUGUUAUUUGAAAAAAAAAAAAUCAAUAAACUACAGUGCUCAUCAUAUCAGAUUACCGCUUAACUCAUUAGCUUCUCGUAUCAAGUGUCUUUAACUAUCACCGCGUCAGCCCCUCCAGCUCCAACAAUUUGCUCUUUUUCACAUCCCCUACGUGCUUGUGACGGCCUCAAGCUGCGUUCCGACGAGCCAGUACCGGGCUUUAGCUCGGCCACCCCUUGGCCCACACUCGAGCUGGAAUGGGGUCGCAAACUCUAUCCGUCGACGGGUCCACGUUCGGCGAGCGGCCUGAUGUUUGGCCUACCGCCGACCGCGGCGGAUAUGAAUCAACCGCGCGGUCCCAUGACAUCGCUGAAAGAGGAGCCGUUAGGUGCGCGCGCCUGGAUGCAACCGGUCAUCGAUCAGAGCAAUUUGGGCAUUGGUCGCGCUCACUUCGAAAAACAGCCGCCAAGUAAUUUACGCAAAUCCAACUUUUUCCACUUUGUCAUCGCGUUAUAUGAUCGUGCCGGUCAACCGAUUGAAAUCGAACGUACGGCAUUUAUUGGUUUUAUUGAAAAGGACUCGGAGUCGGAUGCGACAAAAACAAAUAAUGGCAUACAGUACCGGCUGCAGUUGCUCUAUGCAAAUGGUGCGCGUCAGGAGCAGGACAUAUUUGUGCGUCUCAUCGAUUCGGUGACAAAGCAGGCGAUUAUUUACGAAGGACAAGAUAAAAAUCCGGAAAUGUGUCGUGUACUGUUAACGCACGAGGUUAUGUGCAGUCGCUGUUGUGAUAAAAAAAGUUGUGGCAACCGCAAUGAGACACCAUCAGAUCCUGUCAUUAUUGAUCGAUUUUUCCUGAAAUUCUUUUUGAAAUGCAAUCAAAACUGCUUGAAGAAUGCCGGCAAUCCCAGAGAUAUGAGACGUUUUCAGGUUGUCAUCUCCACACAAGUGACCGUUGAUGGCCCACUACUGGCUAUAUCCGAUAAUAUGUUCGUGCACAACAAUUCGAAGCAUGGACGUCGCGCCAAACGUUUGGAUACCACGGAAGGUACAGGAAACUCCUCCCUGUCCUUAACGGGUCACCCACUUGCGCCUGACAGUACCUAUGAUGGUCUUUAUCCACCACUACCGGUGGCCACGCCCUGCAUCAAAGCGAUUUCGCCCAGCGAGGGUUGGACCUCGGGCGGCGCAACCGUUAUUAUUGUGGGUGAUAAUUUCUUUGAUGGCCUCCAAGUGGUCUUCGGCACAAUGCUCGUGUGGAGCGAACUGAUUACAUCGCAUGCCAUUCGUGUGCAAACACCACCACGUCACAUACCCGGUGUGGUGGAGGUGACUUUGUCAUAUAAGAGCAAACAAUUCUGCAAGGGUUCACCGGGACGUUUUGUCUAUGUUUCAGCACUCAAUGAGCCGACCAUCGAUUACGGUUUUCAACGUCUACAAAAGCUUAUACCACGUCAUCCUGGCGAUCCAGAAAAAUUACAAAAGGAAAUCAUACUCAAACGCGCCGCCGAUUUGGUGGAGGCCCUCUAUUCUAUGCCAAGAUCCCCCGGCGGCUCGACCGGUUUCAACUCAUACACCGGCCAGCUGGCUGUAAGCGUUCAGGAUACCGCUGGCCAAUGGACCGAAGACGACUAUCAGCGCGCCCAAUCGAGCAGUGUGAGUCCACGUGGAGGCUAUUGCAGCAGCGCUUCUACGCCACACAGUUCGGGCGGUUCUUAUGGCGCUACAGUGGCCGCUAACGGCUAUGGCCCCACAACCAAUAUGGGUACGUUAUCCUCCUCAACAGCCAGUGUUUUCAACUCCACCAGCAGCAGUGCCUUUUCGCCAUUAAUCUCAACAGUGUCGUCACCGUGGCAUCAGGCGCUAGUGCAACACCAUCACACACAUCCGCACCACUAUCAUCACCAUGCGCACCAGCCGUGGCACAAUCCAGCUGCCUCAAUUGCAACGGCCGCCGUGUAGAGAGCGUGAAGCACGAGAGAAACUUGUAUUUGCGCGCGCAAUGCAUAAUUAACGGAGUGAGCGGUCUCAGCUUCAAUCCAUUCACGCUACCAACGUGUAACACACAAGGUUAUGGCACUAGUCAACUGGUGACAUCAACAAAAUAAAAUGCGCAUUUGUUGGCAAACAUUUGGGAACAGCAAAUAUCAAAGAAAUCUACUACAUACAUACUCACAUAAGACAUAUGAGCUGAUGCGAUUUGGUUACAACAAAAAUUCAACAUAUUCGAAUUACAUAUCUUUUCUUAGAGCUAAGUGAAGGAGGAGCGAGUGGAAGAAAUGCAGAGAGAAAAAACAUAAUCAAAUGAAAAUUAUAUUAAAUUAUUAAUUAUAAAAAAAUAAAAACUUAAAUUUAUAUACUUAUACAAAUACAUAUGUAUAAAUGAAGAAAAAAUUAAAAAAAAAUAAUAAUAAAUAAAUAAAUAGAAAAAUGGAAUUUGUAAAAAAAAAUAAAUUCAAUUAAAAAUAUAUAUCGUUUUCUUCAACAUUAAGCGUUAAUAGAUGCAUAACAUGAAAAAUCGUUUAAAAUUUAAUAUAUUAUAUAAUAUAUGUAUUGUAGCAUAAGUUAAUAUGUAGUAGAAAUAAAAAGAAAAUAAUAAUAAAUAGUUAAGUACAAUAAGUUUAUUAUAAUUAUGUAUUCAUAUUUUUAUUUUUUUCGCGUGCAAUAUAAGAAUUUACAGUUAAUUUGAUAAUGUUGACAUAAACAUACACACAAAAUAAAAGCGAAAACUAAAAACAUUAAAACUUGAAAAUAUUAAAGUAUUUUUAAGUUCUUUUAAAAAAAUAAAAAAAAAAUUCUCUAUAAUUUAUACUAUAAUAAAAAAAAUAUUUUUAAGUUUUUACAAUUUUAUUUAAUAAAAAAAAUUAUAUUUUUAAAUUCUUUAAACAAUUUUAUUGGUAAAAAAAUAAUAUUUACAUUUUUUUAACUAUUAUUUGAUAACUUUGCUUUGUAAAUAAGUUUUUUAAUUACAAAAAAUGUAUUUUAAAAAUAAAAAUCAUUAAUUAAAAAAGGGAAAAAUUAAAAACACGACAAAUAAUAUCAAACAUUCAUAUACAACUGUAAAUAGCAGCAGCAGCAAUUCAUAUCAACCAAUUUAUAACAACAAAAAUAGCAAUUUAUAACAACAGAAAUAAUUAAUAAAACAUAAAAAAAUUUAAAUAAAUAAAAUUAAAAACUAAAAAUUAAAAAAAAAAACUGUAGAUAGUUAAUGAAUUUUAGAAGAAUUUGUAUACGAACUUUCUGUCAAAACUACAACAACAACAACAAAAAUUAAAAGUGAAAUUAUUAUUAAAACAUUUAACAAAAUAAAUAUAUUAUUAUAAGCAAAAAAAUAAAAUGAAAAAAUCUCAAUUAUUCACAACAACACACAUAUAUAGUUGUUCGUACAUACAUACAAAUUGAAUAUAAAAUAUAAAUACACGAAACCCUCAAGCAUACAUACACACAAUAGCUUAGCAUUAAAGUUUAGCCGAUAUUUAGCAAGAAUUUUCCUCUUUUUUGCUCACAAUAAACAAAUAAUUAAUAAAUAAAAAUGAAAUACUUAACUAGAGCAAUGCUAACAAUCUAAUAACAAAUAUACAAAUGAAUGAGAAAAAAAUACGAAAAUAUGAAAAUUUGCAAAUUCUUACUAAUAUAGUGACUUAAAAAUUAAAAAAAAAGAAUAAUUUUAUUAUAUUUUUUUAAGUUUUUAAUAUUGUUAAAUGCAAAAAAAAAAAAUAAGGGAAUUCAAAGGUUAAAGGUAUUUCACAACAACAAAAUAUGCUUUUUUUAAUUAAUAAUUUUUUUUUUAAUUUUUAUCUAAAAAUAAAAAAAUACAUAUAUUUAAUAAAAAAAUGAUUGAAAAUUAAAAAUUUAAACAUUAUAAAUAAAC